AUGAAUCGUUCAGGAAGGACAACUAAAAAACAAUUUGAAGAACUAUUACAUUUUGUCCAGGAAAACAAACACAUUCUUAAUUUUAAAUUGAAGCCCACUGAAGUCGUUACGGUAAAUUCCUUGUGGAAUGACUUUGCCACAAGAAUAAAUAAAAAAAAUAUUGGCCCGGCAAAGACGUCGAGCCAAUGGAAGCAAGUUUUCACUGAAUGGAAGGCAAAUGUGCGGCGCAAGGCUAGGGUGGUGGAGCAAAGUAGAAUCCAAACUGGAGGAGGGCCAGCAAACUCAACAGGAUUGAAUCCCAUUGAGGAGCAAUUGCUGGCCCUCACUUCCAAAAUAUAUUUUGGGGAUUCGGAGAUUGAAGAGGCUGGUGUCUCAGCCUCCGCCCCAGCCGCAGCAUCACCUCCAGGUUAG